GUUAUAUCAUCACAGACAAUGCUGCUAAUAUGAGAUGCGCUUUCAAAGUUCACAUGCCACAAUGACAGUCUGAUGACAGUGAGAGUGAGGAGGAGAAUCUAGAUGAUGAACACUUGUGGGAGGACAUGAAUUUAGUGGAAGACACAGAAUUACCAUGGCCAUCAGGUGAACGUAUUUCCUGCUUUGCCCACUCUCUGCAGUUAGUGAGGUAAGGGCUAUUGAGUAACGGCAUGAAGGAGGUAAGGGCCAUUUCCCGCACCAUAGCCAAAACAUCACGGUUCACAACACUGUUACAUAGCAGCUCACAAUUUAAAGAAAAGUUUGAGGCUAUGUUUGACUCUAAUAAGACCAUUCCAGCAGGAAACACCACUCGCUGGAACAGCACGUUCAAACAAGUACAGGCUGUCAGGAACCAGCUGAAGGAACUGAGUGCGGUUCUUGCUCCAUUCUCUGAGGCAACAGACCAGACAGAAGGGGAUAAAUCAGUUACCAUCAGCAUGGUGGUUCCAACUUUCCUGGACUUGAAUACACACCUCCUCAAGAUGGAGGAUACCAGAAUGCAGUGCCGGCCAUUAGUUAAGGCCCUCCGUCAGUCUCUGGUGAAAAGAUUCUCUGGAAUCUUUACCAAAACAAACAUGGCCAAAGAGAGUGGAAGAGAGGAACCUUUUAGCCACAAUGUGUACUUCUUAGCUACCAUGCUGGAUUCACCGUUUGGCUUAAGUUGGGUGGAUCUGGAUGUUAACAAUGGGGGAAAUGCAACAGCAGUGAAGAAACUCCGAGAUGAACUGAAGAAGACACUAACAGACACUUUGAUCUCAGAGGUGGAGAAAAUAAACAGUGAAGGAGAAGCAACUGACUCAGAGGCCAUGAAUGUGGAUCCACCCUGGGAUUCGCCACCAGUCAAAUUCUCGCGCCUUCUGUCCCGCUACAAGGCUCAUAAGAAACACAGCUCAACAACCCAGGAUUCAAGUAUUGAAGCACAGAUAAGCAAAUACUUUGAUGCGAUCCAUGAUACAGAUACUGACACUGACAAUGCUUCUCCUUCUGGGCGAAAAGCCAUGACAGAUACCCUCAACUCCACAAUCUGGCCAUGAAGGUACUGUCGGUCCCUGCCUCCUCUGCACCAGUGGAGAGGGUUUUUAGUAGAGGGGGCAUUAAAAUGAGACCCAAUCAUGCACCUUUGGGUCAAAAAAUGUUGCAAUCUCUAAUUUUUCUUAAAUGUAACCAAAUGCUACUUUAAACAAAUUUCCCAUUGAUCAUAUUUGAUUUUUUUUCCUCGUUAACUAGUUUAUGUUUAUCCUUGGUGGCGAGCUUGUUAGGAGUGUUUUGCCAGUGCAGUUCAUUCAGGUUUGGCAUAUAAUGUUUAAGGUUUUCCCAAUUACAAUUUUUGUAAUUUUAUGGCUGAAACACCUGCAUUGUGUUAGGUGGAUGGCAAACCAUGGAAAAGGAGUUCUGAAUAAAUGGUUAAGUUAAUUUCAGCUCUUAAGUGUUUGUUCGCAUUUAUUUGCUUAAAGAAGAAAAAGAUAAAUUCCCACAUACUGUAUCUGCAAUGUCUUUUGAUUAUUUUAUCAAAACUUCCCUCUUACACACCCCCACACAUGAGAGAAGUGCCAG